AUGGAGCAAACGACGUUCGAUUCGCCCUUUGCACAGGAUGACGAGCAGCGCGAUCGCGCUCGCGUCUUUGGCGAGUUUCUGUCAGACGAGGUGAGUCUUCUCGUCCCUCGUUCGGGUAUCGCGUCCUCUCCGCAAAGCUCACCUUGGCCUUCCUUGGACCGAACUUGCAGUCAUCUCGCACAAAUUAUACCGACCUUAUCAGACGCAUGCUGCACCAAGAUCAUCGCAGGCUCAUCGUCAACAUCGACGAGCUGCGUUCCUACAAUCGAGACUUGGCCACUGGACUGCUCGAUUCUCCUAAUGAAUUCUUGCCAGCUUUCGACAUUGCACUACGCAACAUGGUCGAUCAGCUUCACGAUCCUCUCAAAGACGACGUGCAGGGCAAGCAGUACUACAUCGGUCUGAGGGGCAGCUUCGGUGAUCAUCACGUCAACCCUCGGACGCUUCGCAGUCAACAUCUCGGCAAGCUGAUGAGUUUAGAGGGAAUCGUUACGAAGUGUGAGUCGACUUGCCGAAGCGCUAGCGAUGGACAAGUCGCGCAUUGACGACGGUGCCGCAACUCUCUGGCAGGCUCUCUUGUUCGACCAAAGGUCCUCAAGUCAGUCCACUACUGCGAGGCGACCGGCAAGCAUCACGCGCGCGAAUACCGUGAUGCGACGAUGUACGGCACACUGCCGCCCUCCAGAGGUGCCUACCCGACGGAUGAUGGGAAUGGCAACCGAGUGACCACAGAGUAUGGGCACAGCCUGUAUCGCGAUCAUCAGAUGAUCAGUAUUCAAGAGAUGCCUGAACGCGCUCCGCCGGGACAGCUGCCCAGAUCGGUCGAUGUGGUCAUGGACGACGAUCUCGUUGACGUAUGCAAGCCCGGUGAUCGCCUUCAGCUCGUUGGCAUGUACCGCAGCCUGGGAAAUCGCGUCGGGCAAAGCACCAGCUCCACUUUCCGGUGAGUCGAGAUGGUUCACAACGCUGCGACACUUUCUCACCAUGCUCACGUCCGCGCAUCUCCCUGCGCUCGUCAUCUCCAGCACCCUCAUGAUUGGCAACAAUGUCAACUUGCUCUCCUCCAAAGCGGGCGGUGGCAUCGCUCAGGCUCACAUCACCGACACAGACGUGCGCAACAUCAACAAGGUUGGCAAGCGCAAGAACAUUUUUCAGCUACUGUCCCAGUCUCUAGCGCCCUCGAUUUACGGCCACGACUACAUCAAGAAGGCCAUCCUGCUCCUGCUUUUGGGAGGCGAGGAAAAGAAUCUCACAAACGGCACGCACAUUCGUGGAGACAUCAACAUCCUCAUGGUGGGAGAUCCCUCCACAGCGAAGUCGCAGAUGCUUCGUUUUGUGCUCAACACUGCUCCCUUGGCCAUCGCAACUACCGGUCGGGGCAGUUCAGGCGUUGGUCUGACUGCUGCUGUCACAAGCGACAAGGAGACUGGCGAUCGUCGCCUCGAGGCUGGCGCCAUGGUGCUCGCUGAUAGAGGUGUUGUGUGCAUCGACGAAUUCGAUAAAAUGUCGGAUGUGGAUAGAGUUGCCAUACACGAAGUCAUGGAACAACAGACUGUGACAAUCGCCAAAGCUGGCAUCCACACCUCGCUCAAUGCGCGAUGCAGCGUAGUCGCCGCAGCCAAUCCGAUUUAUGGCCAGGUGAGCGGCUGUGUUUCAAGCUAGUCUGUCAAUCGAACCUCUUGCUGAUCUACCACUCAUACUGAACAGUACGAUGUUCACAAGGACCCACACAAGAACAUCGCCUUGCCGGAUUCGCUGCUCUCGCGUUUCGAUUUGCUGUUCGUCGUGACGGACGAUGUGGACGAGCAAAGAGACCGAAUGAUCAGCGAGCAUGUUCUUCGCAUGCAUCGCUACUUGCAGCCUGGAUUGGACGAAGGCCAGCCCGCUGCCGAUAGCUUGGAUCAGGUCCUGAACGUCGGCGCGCCAGACAGCACCGAUGCAGAUGGCGCACUGCUGGUCGGCGAUUCUAACCCUUUCGAGCGCUACAAUCCGCUACUGCACGCCGGCAUCACGGAGAGCGGCAAAGCAAAGAAGAAGGAAGUCCUGUCCAUCGCCUUUGUCAAGAAGUACAUCCAGUAUGCCAAGCAGCGCAUUCACCCGAAGCUUUCUCAACCUGCUGCAGACUGGAUCGUCAACGUGUAUGCUAAUCUGCGAAACGACGAGUUGUCCGGCAAUCAGCGCAAGACCAGCCCAUUGACCGCGCGUACGCUCGAGACGCUCAUUCGUCUUGCCACUGCGCACGCCAAGUCUCGACUGAGUCACAUCGUCGAUGAGCGCGAUGCCGAGGCUGCGGAAGAGAUUCUGCGCUUCGCUCUCUUCAAAGAAGUCAUCAAGCAGAGGCGGAACAACAAGAGACAGAGGACUGGAAGAGGUAGUCGUUCGCCUGCUAGCGAUGAAGAGAGCGAUGAGGAGGAGGACGACGACGCUACGACUGCCAAGGCGGCGGACGAGUACUCUGGUACGGGCGCAUAUGCGACUCGUGGUGCAGCACGGGGCACAAAUCAACAAGCUUCGUCUAGCGUGCCUGCCGGUGCCUCUCCGACUGGACGACGUGACGCGAGCGAGCCGCUGGAGGAUGAAGAUGCUAUUCAGGCGCUCCGAGAAGCAGAUCAGAUGGGCCAUGGAGCAGCUCCGCACAUUGUCGCUCCACCCGCAGCGGCUGGUGCACCAGGCUCCGCGGGCGGAGCGGCGCUGAGCGACGCGAGGUUGGAAAACUUUAGGGAAAGAGUCGCGAUGGCUAUGGCCUCUGGAGGUGCUAUGGCAGAGGAGGAAACCUUUACUCUGGACGACGCGCUGCCCAUCAUCAACCAGGGAUUGCCUGCGGCAGAUCUGUUCAGCAGCAGCGAGGCGCUCUCGGCAGUCCAGCGCAUGCACGACGAUGGUCAGGUCAUGCUAGACGAAGGCACCAUCUACCGCAUUUGA